AUGGACCCUUGCAAGAUUUGCCGGCAUUUUAUUGAGUAUACCGCCCGCUUAAAGUCUCUUGUCAAGUUCCAAACACCAUGGAUCGUAUGGGAGCAGGAAACCAAAGAAAUCUUCGUUUCCAAGAAAGAUUGCCCGUUUCUGAACCAGGCUAGAGAGCGUUUCAAGCACGUAACAACAGAAAGCUCACAUCCCGUUGCUCUGAAAGUACUGGAGGUAAACAACACUGGUAGGAUUCUCUGGGCAAGCCUUGAAGUUUCAUUGGAAAUCACACGAGACAGUUUUGUGUAUCUUUCAGAGGCAUCAAUAGGCAUUUCGCCACAGGAUCCAGAUGAGGGUAUCAUGCCAGCAUCCUUCUUUCUGGAUGUCAGGUCGGACAUAUUCACUCCGGACUUUGGCAGAAGACAGGAUACUAUGCGCAAGGACUUGGGAGAAUUGCCAAAACGUUUCAUCGAUACGAGACCGGAUCAGCCUUUACGCCUGGUGUCUACCACGAGUGAAGUAUUCCAGCAACUCUCCGCCGUUGUGCGAUAUGCAACAUUGAGCUAUUGCUGGGGAACAUCGACUCCAUUAAGAACUACAAAAGCUACGGAAGAAGACUUUGGCGUUUCUAUACCUGAGAACCUUCUUCCUAAAACUUUCCGACACGCUAUAAGAUUAGUCCGCUCAUUAGGUAUCAGCUAUCUUUGGAUCGACUCCUUGUGUAUAGUACAAGAUGACCAGGCAGAGUGGGAAUUGGAGGCAUCUCGCAUGGGGGAUUUCUAUGCUGGAAGCCUUAUCACUAUAGCAGCAAGCGACGCUUGGGAUAGCGAAGGAGGCUGUUUCCCAGGAGACGAUAAUAGCAUGGAAGCAGUUAUAGAUGGCAAAGACUCGAGUCCAGGAGACACUAAUGAUCCUGAGGGUGCGGCAAGAGCUAAGGCAGAUCCUACAGUCCGGAUGUUCACCUACAAGGGAGAGGACGGCUACUCCCAAACGUCUUGCACUAGAAUGAUCCGUUUUCAAUGCCUUGACUCCCGCGAAAUUCCACGACAAGCACAGCUCAGCACACGAGGAUGGGCGCUUCAAGAGCGAAUCUUGUCUCCAAGGAUUCUCCACUGUCUGAAGUCGGGCGUUCACUGGCAGUGUCAAUACUUGUACGAAACUCAAGCUACUCAGACCUACCAGGUCCACCAUUCUACAGCAAGUGAUUUGACAUACCCCAUCACGCAAGUUUCCCAAUGGUGGCCUGAAUGGAUCGAAGAUUACUCCAAGCGAGACUUUACUAUCGCCUCCGACCGGCUGCAAGCUUUCGCCGGGAUUACCAAACACUACACAAACUUAACUUCAAAGAAACCGAUUCUCGGAAUUUGCCCUGACAAUCUUGCUCGAGACUUGGCUUGGAUCAGAAAUGGCCAAAAGAAGGGCCCCGGUAUUCCUGGAGCACCCUCUUGGACCUGGUUUUCUUGUAACGCCCCAAUCAUGGUAGAUGAUUGGGGCUUCAAACUUCAACGCCGCUUCAAGGUCUCAAAUGGCGUGGACUUGGUCGCCUUUGGCAUCGAGUGGAAGGGAAUCCCGAUGACGUCCCAGAUUGAGUCUUGUCAUCUCAUCAUACGUGGAGUUGUCAAGAGUAUUUCAGUCCGCAUACCGCCAGAAGCCAUGCUAUACAAUCCACCGUACAUGCUGCUCAACGAUGAAGAGACCGAUUUCUCCAAAGGCUCAAUACCUUGGACCUGCUCAGGACGAUUCGACGAUCCCGGUCAUCCGGUAGAUUCCGGACUCCCAUACCCUUGCUUGCUUCUCAGGACGAGGAUGAUUGAGGAGGCCAAAGGUGGCAUGAUUUUCAUGGAUACGUUUCUGAUUCUUUCUCGUGAGAAUGACCCAGCUAAAGUAAAGUCGACUGAGCAUGGGAGCUUUCGACGCAUCGGAAUCGCAUCAUUCAGAGGCAAGGACAGAAUCUUCGUGGACAAUUCCGACAGAAAAACAGAUUUGCCACUGCUGGAUAAUGUGCAAGAGUCCAGUGCCAGCUACUACGCACAUUACACACGCUUGCGUAGGGCUUGA